GAUUCGAACCGUCGCAGCCAUGUUGGUUGUGGGACAUUUUUCAGCGAAUUUCUUGGCAAAACGAGCUUCCAAGAGCAAAUUCCGCUUCAAAUUGGCGUAAUUCAGAAAAUAUUCUUGCCAUUGGUUUCCUAUCGCUCUUAAAAGAUGUUUUAUGCCAACUUUAUCCUGUCAAAGAAGGGCCCUUUGGCUCGGGUUUGGCUAGCUGCUCAUUGGGAGAAGAAACUCAGCAAAGCUCAUGUGUUUGAGACCGACGUGGAGUCCUCAGUUGAGAGCAUAAUGUCACCCAAAGUAAAAAUGGCUUUGCGAACAUCUGGACACCUUCUCCUGGGUGUUGUUAGAAUCUAUUCAAGAAAGGCAAAGUAUUUGCUUGCAGACUGCACAGAAGCAUUUGUGAAAAUCAAGAUGGCGUUCAGACCGGGUGUUGUAGAUCUACCAGAAGAUGGCAGAGAAGCUGCCAUGUCUGCGGUUACACUACCAGAGGUUUUUAACGAUUUUGACCUGCCUUUGCCAGGCCUAAAUGACUUUGACAUCCAAGUGCAAUUCAAUUUGAACCAGUGUCGUGCUGAGGAGAUUACAAUGAAGGAAGACUUCAUCAUAAUGCAUAACCUUGAAGAUGAAGGUUUUGGAGACACUCCAUUUGGUGCUAGCGAUGAAAAAGAUGUUCUUCGAGGGGGAGCUGCGUUAGAUGAUUCCUCUUUCAUACGUUCAAAGGAUCAAUCAAACAUAUUAUUGGACGAGUCUAAUUUGAAAGAUGGGUCAACCUUAUCUGAUCAGCAAAAAAUAGGCUUACAACCCGAUGAUCCUCUGAAUAAUGAUGUAUUUGGUGGGCUUCUUGGUGGAGAUAAUUUUGGUGAUGAAAAUUUUGAAGAAGGUGUUCUGCCACAAUUGGAAGAUCUUCCACCAUUGACAUCGUUUGAUGUUACCUUGGAUUCGAUCAAAGAGGCUGAGAAGAAAGAUGAUGAAGAAGUAGAGAAGAUGGACACAGAUGAGGUGACAGAGGAAAAAAAGCCUACAGAUGAGGCAGAGGAAUCACCUGAUCUUACAGCUGGUGAGGUGACGACAAUGGGCAAUGAAACUACCAUUGUUCAAAACGACGAGGAAGCUUUUGUUCUGGAGCCCAUUGAAAUAGUGAGCAAAGAAAAGCGAAGCAAGCGUAAAAGAAAGCUGAUCGUGGAUGAUGAAAAGAUCUUAACAAGCAGCGCGAUCAGCAACCAGCUUGCAAAUACCGAGGAUAUCGUCAAACCAGCAACCCUGGCGCCGCCAACCAAACUGAGGAUGAAACUAAAGGAGACUUCCACCGCAGAUAAACUGUUCCAUAAUCCAGCGUUGGAAAACAUCGCGCCCGCAAUUCAUAAAAUAAUCGUUCAAAAUUUCACAGCGAAGAUCGUGGAUGCCCCUGAACCAGAAGAGACAGGCGAGAAAAUGGAACUGGAGGAGAUUGAGAGCCCGAGAGAAAACGCAGAAGAAGAGAUUAUUGAGAAAAUACGAAGUCCUAGUUCGCCCCGUAAGAGAAGAUCAAAACGGAACCAUGAUCCCAGUUCUUCUCCAAGUAAAGACGGGCAGAAUGUUGCAGAAGUCACAAAUGAUGUGACCUUCGAGCAGUUUGGAGGGGGUAUGGAGGAGCCUUUAAUACCCGAGGAAGAAAGCCGCGUCGACUUCGAGCAAAAUGCCGAAGACAUUCCCGAAUCCCAACUUAACGACGAGCAAGCAAGUGGAGAAAAAUACGAAGAAUUUCAGGCCCGAAGAUGGACGAAACGCACGCAGAAACUUAUGCACACGCUUAAAAGAGAACUUAAAAGAAGAGAUAGUAUAGCUCUCGACGUGCUCGGCAAACAAGAAAGUCGAAAGCAGGUCGCCUGCAAGUUCUACAGUUGCUUGCUGUUGAAACGGGACAAUGAGGUCGAACUGCAGCAAAAUGAUGCAUUUGGGAAGAUUUUCGUCUCCAAGGGGCCUGCCUUUUACACGGCUUAAAUAAUGCGAGAGUUGAGUUUAUAUCCAUUGGCAAUUUGGCAAUAGUAACUUUUCAAGAGAGAAAUGCACGUUCUAUUUAUCCCUCAUUCUUUCGCAUUCUCUUUGCCCGAUCAUUCUUUGUAAUGUUCUUAUGCUUUAGACUAGAAAUGUAAACACGAGUUUAAUCACGUGGUUCGAUUAUCGUCUUAAAAAUGGAGACAUAUACUGACUUUUUCUGUAAUGUUUAGGUGAUUGAUCUUGUAUAUUUUCCCACAUAGUUCUAAUCUGUAAAAUAGCAAUAAUUAUCAUAUAAAAAUUCAUGUUUUAACACGUAUAGAAAUCGUUCUUAUUUGUAAAUAUUGCAAUAAAAUUC